CAUUACGACGUGAGGCUAAUUUUCGACGUGGACCCGAAAACUAAUUACAGCUUCUUUGGUGUUGCUGAUAUCUUGUUGGAUGUUAAAAAGCCGACAUCAAAGAUCGUUCUGCACGCCCAGGAUUAUACGAUAGCAGAGGAUAAAGUGGUAUUCCAGGGUGCUGGUGAUGUGCCGGUUGCUACUUCUGUCAAAAUCAAUGAUACGUACAACUUCCUCACUAUAACCUUGAACAAGGAACUUCUAGAAGGCACUAGUUAUCGCGUGCAGAUACCCUUCUAUGGCAAUUUGAAGAUCGGACUUGAUGGUGUUUAUAUCAGUACAUAUGUUAACAAGAAGAAUAAGCUUAGAGAGUAUCUGAUAGCGACUCAAUUCGAAGCGAUAUCAGCUCGUAAGGGUUUCCCUUGCUUCGACGAGCCCAUUUACAAAGCGACCUUCAAACUGAACAUUGGUCACCAUGAGGAGUUCACAGCCGUCUCCAAUAUGCCGCUGUUUAAUACUACUACCGUCAAUGUCCUUGAAGAUGUUUGGCCUUGGGAAACAAUUGCCAAGAAAUUUAAGAAAGACCGCGCUCACUUCGUGUGGGACCAGUUCGAGAACUCAGUGCCGAUGUCGACUUACUUGGUCGCGUUUGUUGUGUCAAAGUUCGCGUACGUCGAGAGUCCGCCGGAACUCGCUAAUACAAAGUUCAGGAUUUGGGCUAGAAGCGAUGCUAUUGAUCAGACGGCCUACGCGGCCAACUUGGGCCCCCGCGUGCUGUCGCACUUCGAGCGGUGGUUCAACGUGUCGUUCCCGCUGCCGAAGCAGGACAUGAUCGCCAUCCCCGACUUCAGCGCCGGCGCCAUGGAGAACUGGGGCCUCGUCACCUACCGCGAGACGGCGCUGCUCUACGACAACCAGCAGUCCUCCUUCCUCAACAAGGAGAGGGUCGCUGAGGUGAUAGCUCACGAGCUAGCCCACCAGUGGUUCGGCAACCUGGUGACGAUGAAGUGGUGGUCGGACUUGUGGCUGAACGAGGGUUUCGCGACGUUCGCGGCGUCGGUGGGCGUGGCGGCCACGGAGCCGGGCUGGCGCGCGGACCGCAGCUACGCCGUCGACAACAUACUCUCCGUGCUCAGUCUGGACGCGCUCGAGUCCUCGCAUCCGGUAUCAGUACCUAUAGAUAACCCGAAGCGUAUCUCUGAGAUCUUCGACGAGAUCUCGUACCGCAAAGGUUCCACCAUCAUCCGCAUGAUGACCAUGUUCCUCGGAGAACACGUCUUCCGCGAGGCCAUCAACAAUUACCUGGUGAAGCACUCGUAUGGUAACGCGGAGCAGGACGACCUGUGGUCGGAGCUGACUGCGGCCACGCAGCGGCAUGGCGGCCUCUCGCGGAACGUUACCGUCAAACAGAUCAUGGAUACCUGGACCACGCAGACUGGAUACCCUCUCCUCACAGUUACUAGGGAUUAUAGUGAUAACUCGCUUACCAUCUCACAGGUACUUACAGGACUAUCUCAACCUGUGUUCAUAUAUUACAACACACUAAUGCUCAAACUUCUUACAGACUAUCUGCCGCUGUCGACGGGGCUGCGCGCGCUCGCGAAGAUCGAGAAUGUUCUGAAGCGCACACCAGACUAUGGCGCCUUCCAGAAGUUUGUUAGACGGCUUAUUGGUGAGACGUAUACCCGCUCUGGAGGUCUGUCCACCGGCAGGAUCCUCAAUGAAGAUGACCUCAUCAGCGUCAAGAUGCAGGUGACGACGAGCAGCUGGGCGUGCCGCAUGAAGGUGCCGGGCUGCGAGGAGAACGCCAUCGCGCUCUUCCAGCGCUGGAUGGACUCCCCCAACCCCGACGAGAACAACCCGUCAGUUCACCCCACACACUAUUUAUAUUAUUUACUUAUUUCAUUAACGAUUUACUCUGUAACUUUUUGGGCUAUCACGGAGGGGUCGGAGGUGCGUCGGCAGGACGCGGCGGCCGUGCUCACCGGCGUCACGCGCUCCACCGUCGGCUACUACGUCGCCAGGGACUUCAUAUACGACCGCAUUGAGGAUGUAUAUAACGCGUUCUCCCAAGGACGGCGUAUCGGCUACAUCAUCAAGACCUUGCUUGACCAGUUCACCACACAGAAGGAACUCGACCAGUUCUUAGAGUGGAAGCAGAAGAACGAGAAGUAUCUAGAAGAUGCCCGGCUGGCGGUGGAGCAGGGCGUGGAGCGCGCGCGCGUCAACAUCGACUGGCUGGCGCGACAUCGCCGCCACGUCGUCGACCGCCUGCGGGACUUCUCCUCCUACCGGCGGGCUGCAGACCAGCGCGAGGAGCAGUCCAUCAUGCUAUCUAUAUACGCUAUCCAUAACUUGACGAGCAGUCGCUCGCCCAACUAUGUAUACGAAUUAGGGAAAAGAUGAUAAUAAUAUUGUUUUACUUGAACAUUUUAUUUAUUUAUGACAUUUAAUUAAAAAUAAUAGUAUUUUGUGUUUUAGUUAAGAUUUUUUAUAUAUUUUUUUCUCAUAAAUGAUCAAAAUCAUCAGUUUUGUUAAAGAAUUUAAAUUUUAUUGUUUCGUUUCUAUUGUGCCUAUGUUUGUGUUGUUUUUGUUAUUCGGUUCGCUUUCUUUUUAAGAUUUAAUUGCGAUUUCAUACUGCUUGUUUCUCCUUAAUUAUUCUAUUAUUUUUUGCUUUUAUUCAUCUUUAUUAAAAUUAAAUAUUUAUGAACAACCAAGUGAUAAGAUUUCGUAAUGUUAGAUUUUUUUGAUUUUAAUUUAAACGAUUUUUUUUUAUCCUAAUUAUGAUUAGUAUUUUGAUUUUUUUGUUUUGUGUUAACGUUAACUGUAUUGAAUUAUGUCUUGAUUGUUUUUUAAUGUUUUUCAUGUUUUAUUUUUAUUUAUUUUGUACUUAGUUUUCCGUCCACUUAAUGCUUAGCACUUGUUAACUUCACAAUAAAUAAUUGAAAUUUA